UAAUGUCUUGAGCUGUUUCUUACUGCUGUGAGACGAACGAGCCUAGGCUGCGAGAGAAUGUCUGAGACAAAGGGUGGAGAUGAACCCGAGGUGUCAGUCAAAGGCAAUUGCGAUUCGUGUCAUGGGCCCGGUUACGCGACACCUCUGGAUGCUAUGAAAGGUCCGAGAGAGAAGCUGAUCUAUGUACCAUGUAUCUUAACUGGCACCGGGACCCAGCAACCGGAUUACCUGGCUACGGUGGACGUGGAUCCUGAAUCGCCAUGCUAUUCCCAGGUGAUCCAUCGCCUGCAGAUGCCAUACAUCGACGACGAACUCCACCACACGGGGUGGAACACCUGCAGCAGCUGCUUUGGGGACACCAGCAAAAAGCGUAACCGCCUGGUCCUCCCUUGCCUGGGCUCUUCCCGGAUCUAUGUGGUAGAUACGGGGACGGAUCUACGAGCCCCCAGGAUGUUCAAGGUCAUUGAACCCAGGGAAGUCUUCGAGAAAUGCGACUCGUCUUUCCUGCACACGUCUCACUGCCUGGGGACCGGGGAGGUCAUGAUCAGCGUCUUGGGAGACAUCCUUGGCAAUGGAAAAGGUGGAUUUAUCCUUCUGGAUGCAGAGACGUGGGAAGUGAAGGGGACCUGGGAACGGCCUGGCGACGCAGCCCCUCAAGGGUAUGACUUCUGGUACCAGCCGAGACACAAUGUCCUGAUCAGCACCGAAUGGGGAGUGCCAAAAUACUUUGUCAACGGCUUGAACCCAGAAGAUCUGAGGAAAGAGCGCUAUGGCCGUCGCCUGAAUGUCUGGGACUGGACUACUCACUGUCUCAUGCAGUCCAUCGAUGUUGGGGAGGAUUCUGCCCCACUGGAGAUCCGGUUCCUACACAACCCCGACUCCGCCCAUGGCAUGGUGGGGUGCACGUUGGAGAGCUCCAUCCAUCACUUCUUCAAGACACAGGACGGAAACUGGGCAGCUGAGAAAGUGAUCCAGAUUCCAAACAAGAAGGUGUCAGGGUGGUACUUUCCGGAAAUGCCAGGGUUCAUCACCGACAUUAUCAUUUCGCUGGAUGACCGCUUCCUCUACUUCAGCAACUGGAUGCACGGCGACAUCCGCCAGUAUGACAUCACCGACCCGCACAGGCCGCGGCUGGUUGGCCAGGUGUUUGUCGGCGGCAAUAUUGUCAAAGGCGGAGUGGUGACUGUCCUCGAAGAUCCAGAGUUGGACUGCCAGCCUGACCCCUUUGUGAUCCAGGGAAGGAGGGUCUAUGGAGGACCUCAAAUGCUUCAGCUCAGCUUGGAUGGCAAACGGCUUUAUACCACCACCUCUUUAUACACGCAGUGGGACAAGCAGUUUUACCCGCAGAUGGUCAGGGAAGGGGCAGUCAUGCUGCAGAUCGAUGUGGACACCGAGAAUGGCGGCCUCUGUGUGAACCCGUACUUCCUGGUGGAUUUUGGGAAGGAGCCGUACGGUCCUGCCCGCGCCCACGAGAUGCGCUAUCCGGGGGGAGAUUGCUCCUCGGACAUCUGGGUCUAGCUGGGGUCUGGGCUAUCAGCACUCUCGCCAACUUUGCGCAUGUUGACUGGGACUGUCACCUUCUUCGGCACAGAUUUUCAUGCUUUAAAAAUGUCUGCGUGCAUCAUUGUGAGACAUGAUCCUUCUGUCUCUUGAGCUGGCACUUUCUCACGAGCCAGGCAACUCCAGGGGAGCCCAGUAGAGGCCGCUCACCCAGCCCGCAAGCACCCUAGAAAACAAUCCUUGCUUACCUACUGCCAUUACUGUUGAUAACCACCAUUACACCACUUUCAGUCCUUGGUUUUUAAGUACGCGUUGUGUGCGUAGGAACCGGUAAGAAAUUCUAUUUGAAGAAAUUUGUUCAAGUGUGAACCUACGAAACUCACACUUGACUAAAAAACACAGAAAGCAAAACAGAAUUAUCCUGCAAAAUUUGCACUUUCCCAAGCCUUGCAGCGCUGCUCCCCAGCCAAGUAAGGGGUACACAAAUGCACACACCAGGGCAAAGCGUACAUAUCUUCAUCAAAGCAGUAUACUAAAAUGCAUUAUAUUGGAGAAAACUGCUCUGCAAAAAGGAGUCCGUUCGGCAAAACCGCACUGAAAAAUGUUGCUAUUAGGAGACAGCCGCGCUAAAAUGCUGUUGAAGUUUCCAUGAGGCCUUUAUUUGUCAAGCCACAAACUGAUGUGGAAAUGUGAAGAACUGAACUUAAAACUGGAGUGGGGUGGGGGAGGAAUGAAAAACCAAAAUGGACAGAUGUGCCCACCUCUUUGUGUGUAUAAAUCGGAAACAGGGAACCCUCCGUUACUGGACUGCAGCGCCCAUCAUCCCUCCUGUUGCUGGUGCAAUAUCUGGAGGGUCACAGAGGUUCCUCUACCCUGGUAUAAAUAGAUCUGUACCCCACCAAAAAAGAGGGCUGUUUCAUUGAACCUGGGCAUGCAAGGCGCACGCUCUAACCACUGAGCUAAUGGCUCCUCCCAUUUCCCCCUCCCCCCAACAUUCCAUCAUUGCUUAUGCGUGAUGUCAUUUUUCUUUUAUUUUGCAAGCCAGCUCUUACAGCAAUUCACAUUUGCUUCUGUGGAACGAGAGAGAGAGAGAAAGGGUUCCUAAGCCCUGUUGGCAGCCCUAGGUUCAAGCCCGUUCAUUGCCGCUGUUGUAACAGUAAUAAUAAAAAAGGGUUUUCUUUCUUCAUACAGUA